GUGAGGCUGUGACCACAGAAGGGACAAUGAGAGUAGAGUGAAACUCAAUGAGGACAAAAAAAUAUCCAAUGAAAGAGAUAAUGGACCUCUGGCCGAUCAGUUGAUACUCAGAAGUAAAGGGACAACUUCUGAACAAGACCGAAAGAAGAGGUUAGUAGAGGUUGUAGGAGUUGAAUUACUUCUCAACAUGGUGUGGAAGUUCUAUGUCUGAUCGCAUCGUCUUCGGCUAAACCGAAGCCAGGUCAUCAUCAACCAGCAAUCGCCCCUCCAGACGUCGGUCCCAUCGCCCCCCCAGACCCCGGCCCCUUCCACCCCCCCCAGAGCCUGGUCCCUUCACCCCCCCGGAGCCCGUCCAAUCCACCCUCCGGUCCCAGUGCCAUGGCCGACCCCAGCUGGUGGAAGCUGACCUUCACACGGAAGAAGAAGUCGGAGGCCAAGGUUCUGUACGAGAUCCCCGCUGACCAUGACAGCAACACGGGGAAGAAGAGCGAGCAGAGCCCCGGGAGCGGGCCGGCCCCCGGCUCCACGGGGCCCAUGGACAGCCAGCUCAGCGCCCGGCUGGAGAAGAUCGUGGACAAGUCGGCCACCAAGGGGCGCCACGUCAAGGUGUCCCACUCGGGCCGCUUCAAGGAGAAGAAAAAGGUUCGCUCCACGCUGGCAGAGAACCCAAACCUCUUCCCCGAGCACAGCCUGGGCAGCGAGAACCAGAAGAACACCAAACACACUGAGAAGUAGUGAUCCUACCCACACUCACACACACACACACACGCACACACACACACACACACACACACACACACACACACACACACACAGGUAGAGACACAAACACAGAGGCAGAGACACAAACAUGCACACACAGAGGCAGACGCACACAAACACACACGGGCAGACACACACCCAUAUGCAGACAUGCAUGAGGCAUGCAUAUGUGCAAAGUGUGUGCGUGUUGCACACGUGACAUUUCUACAAUGUCCCUGGUCAUAAAAGAAAUGAAAGAUCACAGAGAGAGAUGACUGACUAGUAGAGAAGCACAAAGCCAGCGGAACCUGGGGGCCAUGAAUACCCAGAACACUUUGUAUCUGCACCACACCCUGCAGGGAGAGUAGCUGCUGGAGUCCCACCCACACCUUUGCAAACAAGUGACCAGCACUCACAAGCAUAAAGACAGUGUGCUCAGCAGAGAGAAUGAAAGUGGUGUGCUGUAAAACAGAUGGUUUUCAUAUUCAAAGGUUUAUUGAGGUGUACUGAACGUGAUAUGUUGAAAUGAACGCCUCUCCAGACAUAUCGGCGGCAACAUUAUUUUUUUUAAUGUAAUCAAAGUAUCUUUUUAUCCUUGUAUGAUUUAAAAUAAUCUGAUUUGAUAAUAUAUAGAUUCAAGAUAAGAUGUACUUUGUUAAUUUAUAAUAUAUAUAUCAAUUGUUAUUUAAUGAAAGACCAUUGAAGGUGAACAUUGGCGAAAACCAAACCAAAUCUGUAACGACAUUUUUGCAAAAAUAAAUAUCAUGUAAAUAUUCUACUGGUAUCAGAUUUAAUGAAAUGUCUAUAUUCUGAAAAUGUUUGAUUAAGAUGUGGUAUGGAUUUGCCUUUUAGAUUAAUGUAACAUCGCUCAAGGUUUUGAGUGAUGUAAAAUGGCAACCUGCUGUGUCGCAGGGUCUAAAGGUCCUCAGUGCGGGAGUGAUUCCAGUAUCAUGGCUUAUUACUGUAUCUGGGAUGUUUGUUGUGCGGCAGGUUGUGUUGCCAUGGCGAUGGUAACCGGAGAUCAAUAUUGGAUAGAUUCUUGCUCUAGGUUUUGCAAAUUACAGCUGAUGAUAAUUAGUAAAUAGCAUCAACAUUGUUAAAGAUAAGUACGCCAUUGUUAUUAUGGUAACAGUUCUAAUGCAUAUAUUCAUAAAAACUAUUCCCAAUGACUUUUGUACCUUCGCUUUGAAAUGGUUUUACAUGGAUUGUUACACUGCUGACAUCUGCUGGCCAAUAACAGAAUUGUUCUGGUAAAUCAUUUUUUAUUCAAAAAGUUAACAGUUUAGUCACAUCGAUCUCAUCUUAUUGUCAAAAAACACUUAAUUUGUAGAAUACAUAAAAGCAAAGUUGGCAAAAUUGACAUUAGCAGCGGUUUCAAACCAUCUGUUAGAAGGCGAAUGAAUCCCAGCAGAUUUAAACAUUAAGACAUCCAAGCCAUGACGAAUUUGAAUCAGGAACGAGAGCUCCUCAUACAGCAACAUUUAAGACACUUUUUACAGUUACGAACAGCUACUUUUGAUACCAAAGGAAGAAAUCCUUCACAGAGAUAGUGGCAUUACUUACGGUUACUAUGUGACUUAUUAUCAGACUUUGCUCUUCUGAGUCGUUCAAAGGGGCACAAUCAUAUCAAGACAGUUCUUCAAAUAAGUUAGGUUGAUUUUACAAUUAGUGGGAACUUUUGCCUCACAGUUUAAAACAAAUACCUAUCUUCUUACAGAAUGCUGACCUCAAGUUACCGAUAACACUUGAUGAUGCUAACAGGCUACCCCAAAUG